CCUAUCGAUUUAGCUCAGCGUUGGAAUUUAAUCUGACCUUUUCACUUCACAAAGAGGUGUGUUUUUUAAGCUCUAUGAAAACUGUUGUAGAGAAGUGACAAAUAUGGCAGCAAAAAUAUUUUUGACUCUUCCAAAUGGUCAGGAAAUGCCAGCACUCGGUCUUGGAACCUGGGAAGCAAGAAACGAUGAAGAAAUUGAAACUGCGCUAAAUACAGCCCUAGAACUUGGUUACCGUCACAUUGACACAGCAUUCCUAUACGAAAACGAAUGUGCUAUUGGACGAGUUUUAAAGCAGUGGUUAUCUUCCGGAAAAGUGAAAAGAGAAGAUUUAUUUAUCACAACAAAGCUUCCUAUGGUUGGAGUCCACCCAGAUCGUGUGGAGAUGUUCUUGAAGAAAUCUUUAGAAAAUCUCCAACUGGAAUACGUGGAUUUGUACUUGAUACACUUUCCUGUCGGUUGCAAAUUUAGAGAGGGAAUCGUACGACCAUAUCUGGAAAAUGGAGAAAUUGCGACCGAACCGAAAACAGAUCACGUAGCUGUCUGGAGGAAAAUGGAGGAACAAGUUGAUGCCGGACGAGCAAAUAACAUAGGUUUGUCAAACUAUAACAUCUCUCAGAUCACCACAGUCUUGAAGUCGGCUAGAAUAAAACCCGCUAAUCUUCAAGUCGAACUCCACAUUUAUUUACAACAACUUGAACUUGUCACUUUUUGCCAGAAAAAAGGAAUCACUGUGGUGGCGUACUGUCCAUUAGCAAACCCCGGUUUUAAUAAAUUUCUACAGAGACUUGGACAUGAACCGAAAAAACUACCAGACCUCUUGAACAAUCCAACAGUUGUACAAUUUGCACAAAAGUAUUCGAAAACUCCUGCUCAGAUAGCUUUGAGAUUUCUUCUGCAAAUGGGGGUUGCGGCAAUUCCUAAGAGUGUUACCCCAAAACGAAUCGAAGAGAAUAUAAACGUGUUUGAUUUUAAUAUAGACGAUGAGGACAUGAAAACACUACAGAGUUUAGAAGUGGGAGAAGCGGCGCGAUUGGCUGAUUUUAAACUGUACAAAGGGAUGGAAAAGCAUCCCGACUUUCCUCUGUAGCAACAAUAACCACCUUAUUUUGUACGUAACUGCAUGGCUAAGAUUUUUUGUUUAAUAAAGAUGUAUCUUUAAAAAUAA